UUUGCCCAUGGCUGGUGAAGAUCCGAGUCCGCUCGAAGCGGCGUUCGCGGCCGCGGCCGCCGACAAGGCCCGCGCCGACAAGUUUGACAUGACGCCGGACGAGCAGCAGAGCUUCGUCAAGGCGAUGAAGGACCCGGAGUUCCGGUCGCUCCUCAACGAGUACAUGCUCGAGAUCUCGGACCCGACGCACCGCGCCGAGCAGGAGGCGUACCUGCGCCAGCUCGAGAACGACAACAAGGUCCCAACCGACAAGCAGCUCGUGCUGCCGACGCCGGGUUUUGUGCUCAAGACCAAGCUCGAGGCGCGCAAGCUCUUUGUCAAUAUCUGCUCGUCCGACAAGAUUCAGCCGCCGUCGAGCACCAAGGUCGCGCCGUCGCCACAGGUCGCCGCUGGCACGUCCUGGAACCUCCCAUACUGCGUGGGCCCGCAGCGCAUGGAGCACGACAAAGGUGGCAAGGCGGUCAUGACCUUUGACGUGUGCUACCAUCCGCAGACGCUGGCGCGCGGCCGUGACAGCCCCGCGUUCCUCAAGAUGCUCAUCGGUACGGCGUUGGAUGGCGUCGACCUUGCGCUCUCCAAGACGAACCCAAACGACGGCCAUGUCUCUCGCGACUAUCACAUCUUGAAGGGCGUGCAGUACAAGACGGGAUCCCCGAUUACAAUGUGCAUCUCGACGCCCAAGGCUCCCACCGAGAGUGCACCGAGUACGAGCGCUGCCAAGUUGAAUAGCCCAGCAGCAGCGCCUCGGGCCAAGGCGCCUACGACGACGAGUGCGAAGGCCAACACCAAGCCCGACACAAAGCCGUCAUCGACCAAGCCGACCACUCCACCGUCUCCGACACCGGCAACGACCGAGACCAAGCCAGCAAUUGUUGCUGCCAAACCCGCAAUUGUGUUUCAGAUUGUCCAGCGCGGGCAAUUUGACAUGGCCGACCACAUGGAAAACGGCGAGAAGAAGCUCUUCCGGCCGCGCGAACUCGUGCUCAAAAUGGACCUCCCGACCCACACGUCAGCGGCAGGCAUCGAUCUGGACGUCUCGGCCACCCAAGUCAAGGUCGAGUCCACGGCGUAUGCGCCGCUCUGCAUCGAUCUACCUUUUCCGGUCGUGGAAGCCAAGGGCGUCGCCAAGUUUGACAAGGCGACUAAGAAGCUCAUCGUGACGCUACCGGUCAUUCCCGAGGCUCCUCGGCCGCCGACAUUGACGCCACGCGUAGAAGAGACGUGCGAGGAAGCGACUGCUGACGACGUCAAUUCCGACACUCAAACAGCCAAGACGGUCCAAUACGACGCUGUCGAAGCUACGACUACCGUCGCAGCAACCGUCUCGCCCUCGCCUGGCAUCGAGGCAGCGACGCCAAAGCUUCCGCCCACGGAUGAAUUUGCCAUGUACCGUGAAUUCGCGGCCAUGGCGCUCCACGACAAGCCUCGGAUUACAUACAAGACACCCAGAGUCACAGCGCAAGAGACCGAGUCGCAUGUCUCGUACAUUGUGCACGUAUGCGGUAUCGAAGCGGCGACCGUCUCGAUCGUUGAAGAAGCCAACGUCGCGCGCCUUCACUUCCGUGCGGCCGACGGUCUUUGGUUUGAAUGGUCCUUUUCGGUCGCCAAUACUGCCGAGUGGACGCAUGACAUUGCGACGACCAACAUGGCCAUCAUGUGCACCAAGUUCGGCGCGCUUCGCGUUCGCACGCCGCCGUUCCGGACGUCGACAAGUGACCACGGCGCGUCGAUUUCUCUGCUCGUGGACGUGGCGUCGGUCGAUCCAUUGAGCGUCGAGACAGAGUUUACGCCGUCGCGCAUGACGCUUCGAUUCCGCACGCUGCGUGAGGCGCAGUCGUACUGCUUGAUCCAAGACUUUGACGACGCGCCGCUCGAGCCUGGACAGUGCAGCGUCGCGUCGGUGGCCGACGACAACAUGCUUGUCGUCCUGCGUGUUGGCAAGGCAGAGACACCUGGCCACGCCUCGGAAGCAGUGGUGGCAACGAUGGCGCCAUCGACCAAGGACGCGCUCAUUAGUCGCUUCACCAACGACGUCAUGUACGAGCUCGACUAGGAGUUGUAUAUUUUGUACAUUAUCAUCAACACAAUUGCUUGUCCUGGA